GUCGCUAGAGGCUCGUGGCUCCGGCGUGUUUCUCUUCAUUCCUCUUGCACCGGACUCUUAGCUACUCUACUGUCCCUUCCCUUCCCGCUCCCUGCGCCGACAUGUUCCUCUCCAAGACCCUCGUCUUUCUCUCUGUUGCCCUCUCCGCCCUCGCCGGCCCCGGUCAUGUGGCCCGUGGCGUCCAUCAUCGCGACAUCGCUCACCGCGCUGCCAUGCCUUUCGCACAGCCCGAGCCCGUCGUCGCGUCCGCUCGCAGGCGCGCCGACACCGGGCGCUGCAAGGCCCACCCGAGCAUAGCAGCCUCCCCGACGGUUGCGCCUUUGAACGUCGAGAGCGACCCGGCAACCACCAAGGCGGCGCCCGCGACUACAAAGCACACUACUACCAAGGCUGCUGCGCCCACUCAUGCUACCGGCUCUAGUAGUGGUGACAGCGCCCUUGCCAACUUCUUGCCUGGUACCAACACUGGAGAAGCUACCUUCUACAUGACUGGUCUCACCGCCUGCGGGGUCACCAACAAGGACACCGACUACAUUGCCGCGGUGUCCCAUCUGCUCUUUGACACAUACCCCGGCUACAACGGUCUCAACCCGAACAACAACCCUCUCUGCGGCCGCAAGGUCACAGCGACCUACCAGGGCAAGUCUGUCACCGUCGCCAUCACCGACCGCUGCACAAAAUGUGCGCUCACGGACCUGGACUUCUCCUACUCCGCGUUCGAUCAGAUCGGGGAUGAGGCCGUUGGCCGUCUCUACGGCAUGACCUGGGUCUGGGCUGAUUAAGCAGCAGCCUAAACACGCUGCACAGGCGCGCCUUAUUGCGCUGGCCACGCCCUGAUACCCCGCAAACUCGCUCUCCAUGUUCAUAUCUGAGGUUGCUCUUUGGACUUUUAUUAGGUAUAUUAUUGGUUCAU